AUGGCAGACAGCUCGUACGGCACAGACGGCGGGCUGCCCGCAGACUGGCUCGCAGCCGCCGACGACUCGUUCACCGACCAGUCGUUCGACCCCUCGCUCGACGACUUUCUCGCACAGGACUCGAUGGGACAUGCACACGGGACUGACAUCGGACUGCAGGGUGGGAUGGGUGGAGCUGGAGUCGACCUGGGCUUCGACGGAGGGUCGCUGGCAGCGUUCGAGGGAGCGGCUGGCUCGAGCGGGACAUCGUCGUACGGGCGCUCAGACGCAGGCAGCUCGCCCUACAACGUCUCCAACUACAGUUUCUCGAGCGCUGUCACGGGCAACACGAGCGCAGGACAGGACGUCGACGCCGUGUUUGGCCACUCGCCGCCGUUCUCGUUCGGAGCGGACUUGUCGAACCUCGCGUGCGACUUUGACACGAGCGCAUUGCAGUCGCUCUUUGGCGAGCCAGUGACGCAGCAGGGCGGUGCGCAGACAGGCGCAUCCUUCUUGUCGCCGUCGUCGGCCUUCUCCCCUCCCUCGUACUCGAUCCCGACCGUCUCGCUCUCGCAACCAGGCGACGCACCCGUAUACGCACUCGAUCACGCCCAGCUCGCAUUCGAGUCAGCCGGGUCCUCCCCUUCCCAGCAGCGCAUCUCGGUCGACUUCGGCUCGCCCUCAUCCUUGCCCUCCUCCUCCUCGCCUCCCUCGCUCUACCCCUCUCUCACAGCAAUCAAACAACAAGUUCAACAAGCUCAGCGACCGCUCUCCUCCCUAGCAGCAACAGCAGGCGUCUCCGUCCCUCCCAUCCAACCUACCGCCGCUCCUCGCGCAGGAACCUUGUUCUCCCUCCAACAAGACCCUGCGACACUCGCUGUACUCGCACAACAUGCGCAGGGACGGACGAUCGUCAAUCGCCAGCAGCAGCGUGUCCCUGUCUCUGCUUCGCUGCCUGUCCCGCCUCAGGCGGUGCAGGUGCAGCAGAAGCCCACUCGCAGUGCCAGUCCAAUGGACGUGAUCGUCAACGCAGGGUUGCAGAACAACGUCCACCAAGCUCCCCCGCUCCAACUCCUCAGCCACAUCUCCUUCGACCGCCCCGCCGCCUCUUCGCGUUCUACCGCUGCUGGGAAGGGAGGCCGACGAGGAGCGAAUGCGCAGGAGCAGCAGGACGAGGGGGAGGAGAAAGGCGGGAAGGGAGGGCCGGCGGGGAAGAAGGGUGGGAAGAAGUCUGAGAGGGGGCACAACGCGGUCGAGCAGAAGUACCGCAACAGCAUCAAUAAUGCGCUUGCGACUCUUCGCGAUACGAUCCCCGCCUUGCGCCACCUCAAGCCUCUGCCCUCCAUGCCCACCUCCCGUCGCCGCGCCUCGCAAUUCACGCUCGCCUCCGCCGCCGUCCCCGAGACCCCCGAAGGCCUAAUCGACGGCGUGCCCGCAGCCAAGACCCUCUCGAAGGGUAUUAUCCUCACCAAAGCGAUCGAAUACAUCGACUUUCUCCGCUCGACGCGGGACGGGUUGAACGACGAUAUUGAGCUUUUGAAGGAGAUGGUGAGGAGUAUGGUUGGAGGUGGGGAGGGGCUGGUGGAGGAGUGGGAGAGGAGGAGGGCGGAGAAUGAGAAGGUCCGUGAGGAGGCGAGGAGGAGGCAGCGCGAAGAGGAUGAAGAGGCGGAGGAGGGGACGGGCGAGGAGGAGGAAGAGGAAGAGGAGGUUGUUGCGCCGCCUGCGAAGGGUAGGAAAGCGGCUACGGCGACGUCGACCGCCGGCACGAAGCGCGGCCGGAAAGCGGAUGGACCAGCUGCGUCGAAGAAGGCCAAGUCGUCUGCCUCGUCGGGCCUCGCGCCGCCUUUGACGUCCGAGUACAGCCGCGUCCAGGCGCUCAACGCGGCGCACAUCGAGUCGCUUGCUCAGCAACAGCAGAGUGGUCUGACUGGCCGGCACACCUUCCCGCCUUCGCCCGUCUCGUCAGGCGACGAACUCGCCGUCUCGCCCGCCGCACUGCAGAACGGUCAGUCAGGCAACGGCGGACGCGUCCUCCUCGCCUCGUUCAUGGGCGCGAGCUUCGCCGGCGGGAUCGGGUACGACCUUGCGACGACUGCCGCAGUCGCCGAGGAGACGGUCGGCGCCUGGGCGGGCGGACUUGUUCGACGCGGCGUCCCGACCGACCCGUCUGCGCCGGCUUCCGCCAUUGACCACGUUCACCCGUCCCUCCUCAGCGGUCUCGCCACCCUCGGGGCCGCGUCGAUCCUCGUCGCUCUCGCCUAUCUGCUCUACCCGCUCUUCUUCACUUCCUCUUCUCAGCCCGCAUUGCCGCCCCGCACGCGUCGUCGAGCACAAGCGGUAGCCGCCCUGUCGGCGCUGAGCUCAGCAGCAACGUCAUUGUCCACCCCUCUUACCGCCGGCGCAGCACGCAAGUCCGCCCUCGACGCUCGUCGAGAACUGCUCCGCUUCGUCGGUGCACCACGAGCGGUCGCCUUGCCGUUCUCGAUUGCGAAGGAGGCUGUCGUGUGGGCGAUCAGGAGGGCGACGGGUUUGACUUGGGGAAGGGAUGAUGGGCAUGAGGAUGUCGAGGAGGCUGUUGCUUGGGUACGGAUUGCGGAGAUCGAGGCGAGCGUCGGCGGCCGACUACCUUACCUCGCGCGCUGCUACACCUUCCUCCGCCUGUCCAACCUCUCCCGCUCUCCGUCUUGGCCUUCCGUCACACCCACAACCUCUCGCGCCGCCAUCGAUGGCCUGAUCGCGAUCCACCUUCUCGCACUUGGUCACGUCGGCGGCGCGAAGAAGACCUGGUCGCGCAUGCUCGACAGGCAGAAGAAGCGCGAGUCGACUGGCAGCUCCUUUAUCGACGUCGCGCUCAAUCACGACUUCGAGACUGUUCAGCUGCUCUUGUCGCCGGCGACUCGGGCGGCCAAGGACGAUGCGGAUUUGGCCGAGCCGAGCAACACGGUGCCGCUUCUCGCCCUCGCCGAGGCGACUUGCCAGGACGCCCUUGAGGAGGUCUGGCGGCAGGUCCUCGUCGUCGUCGGCGAUUCGACGACUUCCGCGCCGAGUUUGACAGCAGCCGCAGCCGUCAUCGAGCUCGAAGACACGCUCGACGUGAUCUACCGCACCACCGUUGACGGCUCGGAGGUACACGCCUUGGCGAGCAUGGCCAAGGUCUUCCUCGCCUGCUACCGCGCCGGCUUGUCCGCGAAGGCAGGCGUCGACCUCUCGCAAGCACGGGAGCUCCUCGCCCGCCUCGCGCUCGAGACGAAGCGCGAAGGACCGUUCGCUCGACUUGCCUGCACAUCGCCUUUCUUCCAGCUCCUCGCGCCAGCCGUCUCGAACGGCAUCGACUUGUCCACCUUCUUGCCCAAGUCGCCUCCGACCGAGCCUACUUCCGAUGUCGACCUCCUCGCGACCAUCGUCCUCUCUUGGCUCCUCGUGCGCCGCCAAGCCGCCUCGUCGUCGAAGGCCCAGCCGGACGCCGCUUUGCACGCACGAGCACUCACCAUCCGCCGCCUGCUUGGCCACGACUCGCUGAAGGCCCAGCUCACGCCCGACGACGAUUCGAGCGACGACGAAGAUGCGCUCGACGAGCAGGCCGUUCUCCAGGAUGCCAAGGAUUCGCUCGUCGACGCUUUGACGACGGUCGCGAGGAAGGCCGCUGGUCUCAAGACCGCGCAGGAUGAGGAUUCGGGCGUUGAGCUGGAGGCGGAGCUGGUUUAG